UGCGUCGUCUGCCUUUGCCUAAUCUUUAUCACUCUCUCUCUCUCUCUCUCUCCGAUUUCUCUAGGGUUAGGGUUUCACACUCUCUGUCUCUAUAUCUACAUACAUAAACAUAUACAUAUCCACACACAGCGACAGCGCCAUAAAUUCGAAGUCUUGAAAGGGGGGUUCUGUCAUCGAUGGCGAAUCGUACGGACCCAACAGCGAAGAACAUAAGGGGUACGAACCCACAGAACCUGGUGGAGAAGAUACUGAGGUCUAAGAUAUACCAACACACUUAUUGGAAGGAACAAUGCUUCGGCCUCACGGCCGAGACGCUGGUCGACAAGGCCAUGGAGCUCGACCACCUCGGCGGCACCUACGGCGGCAACCGCAAGCCCACCCCUUUCAUGUGCCUCGUCACGAAAAUGCUCCAGAUCCAGCCGGAGAAGGACAUCGUCGUUGAGUUCAUCAAGAACGAAGAUUACAAAUAUGUACGGGUGCUCGGAGCAUUUUAUUUGCGUCUUACAGGGACAGACAUUGAUGUGUACCGAUACUUGGAACCGUUGUACAAUGACUAUCGAAAACUGAGGCAGAAAUUACCUGAUGGGAAUUUCGCUUUGACACAUAUGGAUGAGGUUAUUGAUGAACUCCUGACAAAAGAUUAUUCCUGUGAUAUUGCUAUGCCACGCAUUAAGAAACGAUGGACUCUUGAAUCCCUUGGUUCACUAGACCCUAGAAUAAGUGCUUUGGAAGAAGAUUUUGAGGAGGAGGAAGAAAAAGAGGAGGAAGACGAACUCAAUGACAGGAUUUAUUAUCGUGGGCGAAGUCCCACGAGGGAAAGAGAUAGGGACAGAAAACGUGACAGUCACAGAUAUAGGGAUCAUGAUUAUGAUAGGGAACGUGGAAGAGGGCGUGACAGAGAUAGAGAUAGAGACAGGGAAAGGGACAAGGACAGGGACCACCGCCAUCGCCUGAGAGAUGACAAGGAAUACGGUGGCCGUGAGAGAGAGCGAGAAAGGGAGAGGGAAGGUAGGGAACGGGAUAGGCGAGACAGGGAGCGUGGUAGGCGGAGGAGCCAUUCAAGGAGCCGAAGUAGGAGUAAGGAUCGCAAUGAUCGUGAUCGUGAUGGAGGAAGGCAGAGGCAUACCCGCAGCAGUGUGAGCCCUAGAAGGCACGGGAAUGGGGCAGAGGAUGGGAAUGCUCGAGAUGAACCAAAGAAGAAGAAAGGAAAGAAGAAGGAUGAUGGGACCGACCACCCAGAUCCAGAGAUUGCAGAAGCAAACAGGAUUCGUGCAUCCCUUGGGUUGAAACCGUUAAGGCCAUGAGUUUGUGUUUGGAUUGUGUGACUUGCUGGUUUUUUGUUAAUAUGUGAUAAGAUUGGUAGGACUCUAGUUCUCAGCUAAUGUGUAAAACAUAAUUGUGGCCAAGUGUUUUUUUUUGGGUUCAAUCUUCAAUGUUUCUAUGAUGGUAUUUGUGGGAUCUCUUGAUAAUUUGUUGCUUCUGGUUUUAUAAAAGAUUGAUGAUGGAAUUUGUUGUAGUCAA